AUGUGCGACUAUCUCGGUAUUUCCCACGCCGAGACCAAUUACUUCUGGAUAGCCGAGCUCGCCCUGCUCGCUCGCCUGCCCCCGAACUGGAAGACGUACAAGGACCCAGAGGGUCAUGCUUACUUCCACAACCACGCGACAGGGGUGACCUCGUGGACGCAUCCUCGUGACAGCUACUUCUUCCAGCUCGUAAAGCGCGAGAGGUCC